AUGCAGUUCCUUCAACUUUUGCCACUGGCAUUCAUCAGUUCGGUCUUGGCUGACGAGGCCAGCCUAGCCCAAAUUGAAAGUGCCUUGUCUGCUAUUUCUGUGACCAACAUCGAAGAUGCAUCUGUUCGACAGAAGACUAGCCUUGGACCUUUGGAGGCUUACGCCUUUUCAUACUUUACGGGAAAUUCUCUCUCAGGCGAGAAUAUCUUCUUCGCUUCAAGCAACGGGAACAAUGCCCUCGACUGGAAGGAACUUAAUGGCGGCCAACCAGUCCUCAAGUCCACGCUCGGCACUAAAGGUCUACGGGAUCCUUUCAUCAUUCGCUCUCCCGAGGGAGAUACCUUUUACCUGAUCGCCACCGACCUCUCUAUUGGCAGUGGCACCUCCUGGGGAGCAGCAGUCCGACAAGGUAGUCUCUACCUCGAAGUAUGGGAGUCUCAUGACUUGGUUAACUGGUCCGAACAACGCCAUGUCAAGGUCUCACCUGAUAAUGCUGGCAACACCUGGGCACCUGAGGCAUUUUGGGAUUCUGAGCAACAAGCCUUUGUCGUUUUCUGGGCAUCGUCACUGUACGCUGAUGAUGAUCCCAAGCAUGAGGGAAGCUCCUAUCACCGCAUGCUGUACUCUCUCACUCGCGACUUCGUUACCUUUUCGAAGGCAGAGAUCUGGCAGGAUACUGGCGAUUCUCGGAUUGAUACAACCGUCAUCAAGUCCGGAGAUACCCUCUACCGCUUCACUAAGGACGAAGGAGCUGUCACUGGAUGCACGGAUAUCAUUCAAGAAAAGUCCACCUCACUUCUCGCACCUGAUGAUGAAUGGACGACCCUGGCCAGUUGCAUUGGAGCCAAGGCUGGAACCAAAGCCAUCGAGGGCCCCACUGCAUUCAAAUCAAACCCAGGCGAUGCCAACGGGGAAAAGUUCUACCUGUUCGUUGACGAGUACGGUGGCCGUGGUUACAUCCCUCUUGAGACUGCUGAUAUCGACAAUCCGAACUGGAAGGUUUCGAGUAGCUACAAGCUUCCUACUAGCCCUCGUCAUGGCACGGUUAUUCCCAUCACCGCGAAGGAGCGCGAAGCACUCGAAAGUGCCUUGGGCGCAUAG